AUUACAUACACUUACAUAGGGGGUUUUGUUCAUCCACCUUCGAGGGCCUAUUUUCAGAGUAGAUACCGGUGCCUAGGCCAGCGGUGCCUUCUUUCUGGGCUACGAAGAUGAAAUUUGCAGGAGCAGUCACAUUCCAAUGUCGCGCGCCUUCCAAAUACCAGUAAAUCACCAGCUCGAGACCAAGAGUUUUUCUUGUGACCAAAGCGAAUUCCAAACUGUGCUCAACAUAUAUUUCCAAUCAGCAGCGACAAUUUUCUGUAGGGUUCCCGGAUUGAUUCUACUUCAGUCUUGGCGGUUCAUGUUGUUGACCUCUGUUUGGUCCGUAUUCAUGAAUCUUUACCUUACCCCCUCUCCUCGACAUGCCGUCUCCUUGGCCUGCGCGACGCAAUGAUAGCACAUCUCCAAGUCAGACGCUGCGCACGGAGAAAUCCUUCAAGCGUCGCUUCGCGUUCGACGAGCCAGAGAACGAGCAGUCUGCACACCCCCGUUCCCCUAAGCGUCGUGGCAACAAGUCUUUCGUCCCAUUUGACGUGCUCAGAGAUGUUCGCCGCAAUGUCGAGGGACGAUACCCUGCUCAGAACUAUGGUCGCUACCGCCAACAGAUGCCCAGUACUCCUGAGCCUCGUUACCGCCGACAUCGAUCUGUCACCCCAGAUGCCCCGGCUCUCAGGGAAUUGCAAGAGAAAUACUCUAACCUCCAGAUCGCAAUGCAUUCUCAAGUCGUCUCGGAGCUCGAAGCUGCACAGGAAGAGCUCACCAAUGAAGUCGUACAGGGGAUCAAAGCCAACCAGCUCGCCUUAGCUCAGCUAUCUGCCACUCACGCCAAGCUUGUCGCACCAGUUCUAGAGGCGCAGACCAAGAAGAUAAUGAUCAGCCCUGACGGCACUGAGCAUCCAGAAAUCGUGGAGAUGGGCAUCACAGUCGCAGAAUUCCAAAAGCGGAUCGAUGCUGCACAUGCUGAGCUCGAACAGUUGUGGGCCGAUUGGGAGGAAGCUCAUGCUGAGAUCGAAGCUAUCGAACAAGAAGUCCUGUCGUCUGAACAUGACCUGCCUGGUACGGAUGAGGCCCAAAGCGUGACUACAGAGUCGGAACACGCUGCAGCUAUCGCUGAGUUCAACGAGGAUAUCGAUGCAUUGGUGGAGAAAGCUGUCGGAGAGUUCAAGGCGUACGAGAAGGAAUUUUUCAAAAAGAUCGAAUACGAAGCUGGCAAGAUUGUGCAAUCAUUUGUGCACCCUGGGUUGUCAUGA